CACCGAGGCGGGGUGCGGCGGGGCGGGACCGUGCCGCGGCCCCGGCAGUUAGGGCCCGGGGGCGGAGAGGAUGGAGCCCCCGAGGCGUUAGCCGACUCUGUCAGCUCUGACCGUGCAGCUGUUUCCUGGUGCGGCCCGUGUGAUGGUGCCGGGAGGAAGGAAGCGCCGAGACAGCGCCUCGGUCGGAGCCCGGGUUCCGGGAGUGAGGAGGCCCGGGAACGGCGGAGCUGGCGAGCUGGCCGCUGGCUGGGCGAGCGGUCACAAUAGGAGGCGGCGGCCCAGCAAGGAGCCGCGGGAGCAGCCCCGCAGGGCGGAGCCUCCCCUCGCAGAUAUCUCCCGGGUCCAAUUCAGCACCUCUACCUGGCCAUCCUAACAAGGUGAUUUGUGAAAGGGUGAGACUUCAGAGCCUGUUCCCUCUCCUCCCAAGUGAUCAGAAUACUACCGUUCAAGAGGAUGCUCACUUCAAAGCUUUCUUCCAGAGUGAAGAUAGUCCGAGUCCCAAGAGACAGCGCCUCUCUCAUUCAGUCUUUGAUUAUACAUCAGCAUCACCAGCUCCCUCACCACCAAUGCGACCAUGGGAGAUGACAUCAAAUAGGCAGCCCCCUUCAGUUCGAUCAAGCCAACAUCACUUCUCAGGGGAACGAUGCAACACACCUGCACGCAACAGAAGAAGUCCUCCUGUCAGGCGCCAGAGAGGAAGAAGGGAUCGUCUGUCUCGACAUAAUUCCAUUAGUCAAGAUGAAAACUAUCACCAUCUCCCUUACGCACAGCAGCAAGCAAUAGAGGAACCUCGAGCCUUCCACCCUCCGAAUGUAUCUCCCCGUCUGUUACACCCUGCUGCUCAUCCACCCCAGCAAAAUGCAGUAAUGGUUGACAUACAUGAUCAGCUCCAUCAGGGCACUGUCCCUGUUUCUUACACAGUAACAACAGUGGCACCACAUGGGAUCCCACUCUGCACAGGCCAGCACAUCCCUGCUUGCAGUACACAACAGGUCCCAGGAUGCUCUGUGGUUUUCAGUGGACAGCACCUCCCUGUCUGUAGUGUGCCUCCUCCAAUGCUUCAAGCAUGUUCAGUUCAGCACUUACCAGUACCAUAUGCUGCGUUCCCACCCCUUAUUUCUAGUGACCCAUUUCUUUUACAUCCUCCUCACCUUUCUCCCCAUCAUCCUCCUCAUUUGCCACCACCAGGCCAGUUUGUCCCUUUCCAAACACAGCAAUCACGAUCGCCUCUGCAAAGGAUAGAAAAUGAAGUGGAACUCUUAGGAGAGCAUCUUCCAGUAGGAGGUUUUACUUACCCUCCAUCAGCCCAUCCCCCAACAUUACCUCCAUCAGCUCCUUUGCAGUUCUUAACCCAUGAUCCUUUGCAUCAGGAGGUGUCCUUCGGAGUACCUUAUCCUCCAUUUAUGCCUCGGAGGCUCACAGGACGUAGUAGAUAUCGAUCCCAGCAGCCAAUACCACCUCCCCCUUAUCAUCCCAGCUUACUACCAUAUGUAUUAUCAAUGCUCCCAGUGCCACCUGCAGUGGGCCCAACUUUCAGCUUUGAAUUGGACGUGGAAGAUGGAGAAGUAGAAAAUUAUGAGGCCCUGUUAAACCUGGCAGAGCGACUGGGAGAGGCUAAGCCUCGAGGACUGACUAAAGCAGAUAUCGAACAGCUUCCUUCUUAUCGGUUCAAUCCUAAUAACCACCAGUCAGAACAGACUUUAAACACUUUCAAAAAGAGGAUACUGAUAUCAGAAAGCAACUUAUACAUAAGCCUGUGGAUUAUGGCUGGUUGUUAAAAAUACGGAAGAGACUGAGCUUCAGUUCUGAUCUGAAGGACUAAAGGACGGAAAUCUGUCCUCCCUCCCCGGCAGCCAAGGCCCUCUGGAUGGCCACAGGACAGUCCUAACCUGUCUUCUCAGCACCGUCCUGUGUAAACCCUUGGCUCCAGGAGUUCUGGUCUGGCUUAGUCUUAUACCAUCUCCCCGACAGGAAGCAUCUCCCUGUCCCUGCUUCGGCCUUGAGAAUCUCUGCCAUCCCUUAAGGCCCAGAGGGCGCCAGAUGUCCUCCAAGGGGAGGGGGGGCUUUCCUGCCCACAGUGAAGUGAAUGCCCUCUCCUCUGAAUGGACAUGCUGUUGUCCACGCUUUUUAUCUGACGAUGCCACAUGAGUUUUAUGACCUCGUAGGCAUUAAAUGUUGCUCUGUGACUUGUGACUCGGCCGUGAUUAGGUCUUCUCUCCAAGUUCUGGAGGCGCUUCUUCAUCAUAUUCCUUACAUCAGGAAGGAAUAUGUUUUGGUUUUUUUUUUUGGUGACCCCAAGCCCUUGUCCCUUCAUCCCUGAAUAUAACCAUAUCAGUAGUGU